GCUGCGGACGGGGCGGCCCGGGCGGCCCGCCGGGCCCCGGCCGGGCGCGGCGGCGGCCUGGGCGUGCACGAGCUAGAGGACUUCGAGGACGUGGCGGAGGACCUGAGGUGCUGUGUCUGCCAGGAGGGGUACCACUUCCAGCCCGAGGAGGUGCUGUGCGUGUACAUCUUCGUAAAGCCUGUAGCGGUGCAGGCGGCGCAGGUGUCGCCGGAGCCCCGUGCGGAGGGCGAGGCCGCGUCCUACCGCGUCGCUCCCCGCUUCGGGAUGUGCUCCGUGUCGCACCUCACCGUGAUCCACUGGCACUGCCACCAGAGCGCCACCCGCGCGGCGGCCGACAUGCGCAAGCCGCAGGGGGAGUGGGAGUCGGCGACGGUGCGGAACUCGUCCUCGAAGUGCAACGCCCUCGUGCCAGUGCUGGGCCCCUCGCUGCCGGACGCAGCGGCCUCGCGGGCGCUCGAGAGGCACUUCGCGCACCUGGCGCAGCUGGCCAAGGGCCACUCGCAGUCGGUGCUGAGCAGACGCGCCGCCUGCCUCCUGCAGGACCUCCGGCUCUGCUUCGUGAGAAUGGCCUGCCAGGAGUCCUUCUCCGUGGACACGGGGGGGGGCGGGCCCCGCCACAACAUGUGCGUCGCCUUGGUGAAGCUGCAGCUGCUCACGUGCGAGGAGAGCCUCGCAGGCGACCUGGCCAAUGAGCUCGGCGAGCUGGAGAGCAAUGUUAUCGCCCCGAUGCUCGACUUCGGCGACCCCGCCGAGGCCGGCGGGGCGCUGGAGAGGUACAAGCCGGCCGGGCAGGCCGAGAGCGCCCACCCAGGCCACCUCUGGGCGCACUGCGCGCUGGCCGCGGCGCUGCGCGCCGCCACGCCCGGGGGCGGCGCCGGCCUCGAGUGGUCCGCCGGGACCAUCUGGCGGCUGCUGGCGCUGGCCCUGGAGGUCACGCGGCAGCACGGGGCGAUGAAGUGGGACCUGCGCCGGGGCCCCGGCUCGCCGCGCGGCUCGCCGCAGUCGGCCCCUCCAGGGUCGCCCCGCUGGCCGCCGCAGUCGCCGGGC